ACGACGACGGCGUGAUGAUUUUGAAUUUUGGAUUGGAUUUGUCCCGAUUAAUACAUGAGCUCGUUUGUGAUUGGUCGGAAAUCUCUUUGUUUUGAUUGGUCGAAAAUCUGUCUCUUUUGAUUGGUCCUUUUAGUAAGGACAAACAUGGGUUUUAAACUUUCAUUAAGAGUGUAAGAGUAUGACAGAAUUUUGGAGAGUAGAUAGAUUGGAAAGUCAUGCUUGAGGAGCUCCACAGAUUAGUCCCCCAUUUUAACACAUGCAUAAAUUAUUGAAUGAUAUAAACCUCACACCCUUUCUAUAAAUUGAUACAAUUUUCUUUAACACUCUCUCACAAGUCUUUGUGUUUUCUACUUAGAAUCUAUCAUUUGUCUUAUUCCUCUACUUAAAAAAUGGCAUCUGCAGAUGCUGAAUUCAAGAUCUAUGUUAGCAAUCUGGAUAUGGACACAGAUACAAAUGAUCUUGAAGAUGCAUUUUCCAAGUUUGGCGACGUUAUAAAGUCUAAUGUGGUUUACCCAAAUGAGUAUUAUUAUGAUAGUCCAGUGGCAUAUGGAUUUGUUAGUUUCAAAGAUGAGAAAUCCAUGAAGGACGCCAUUAAUGGGAGAAGAGGCUCACUCAUCACGCAAGAGUCGUCGUCGUGCUAAACAUGUUGCUUCAAAGGGGAUUUAGAGGAUAAAAAUGGUUAUAAAUAAAUCUGGUUUUAA